ACACUCCAUGAUCGGUCUGGGUGUCUGUGGAGUUUCUGCAUGCCUGCUGGAAGAAAAAAAAUCCAUCUUUCAGGGUUCAGAUCCCUGAUCUUUACUAUUGGGGAAAACCAAGAUCGCCAUAUUCGGCGAUCUGUGUGAAGGCUUUGAUUGAUGAGUAGUAUUGAAUUAAUUUUUCCUCAUUAACUUCACCAUGAGUUGGUCUUUAUUAAACAUUAUUCAGAUGCAUGGGGGCUUUUGUCUUUGGAUCUGUGUUGGUUUUCCUUUCUGUGUUUUUCUGCAUGCAGCUUACUGUUGAUUUACUUUCUGUUUUAUGAGGAAAUCUUGUCAAGCUAAUGUAUCAACCUUUUUGAGAUUUAAUGUUCCUUGUAUCUGUCAACGUAAUGCAGUAGUUUUUCAUUAUUUAAGUUGAAAAAGUCUCUACCUCAAAGGUUUUAACAAUUGCAUAGAUUCAUCAUAAAUCAGCUCGUGCAGUCCUGAUCGGUUUCUGUCGUAUUUCUAAUCUAAAUGUAAUUAAUACAAAACAAUUCGAUUAGGCCUUUUUUUUCUCCUCAGAAAGCAUGUGGUGACAGAAGAAAAGUUUUAUUUUGGGACAUUUUGAAAUCCCCGGGAAUAGUCGUCAAGUUUUAAAUCUUGAUAUUUUUUUUUUAUUUACAUUUUUUUGAGCAGCCGUUUAAUCAUGAGCUGAAAUUUGGAGAGAAGUGGAUAUAGACUUAAAGCUUUAUCUCCUUUUUUGUGUGGCACAUUGUGAUAACGCCCUAAAAAAUAACCAUCUUAUUUUGUAGAUAACUGUAUGGCUGCCGCAGCUUUUGGCUCCCAGUUUGAAAUUGACUUCCUCAGGAUACCACUAAUAUCACUGAACUGCACACAGUAAUUUCAUUUCCUAAUAUUUAUUGAUGCUCUGAUGGAAUGAGCUGUGAAGAAAAUGGAAUUACAUUGUUUUGUUCUUUUAUUUACUGUCAGUAACUUAAAUUUAUCUCAACGGCAAUAAAUCCAAUUUCUUAUCAUCGCGAUAAAUGAUAUGAUAAGUGCUCACCCCAGAAGGGAAAUCCUGCAAAGCACAAGCAGCGAGAACGAACUCGCGACUGUGGAAUACUGAUAUCUGAGAGCGAGCAAGGCGGGGAAAGACUGGAAAGACAUCAAAGUGUCAGGAUGCCAAAGUACAAAUAAAAAAGAAAUGCCCCAACUAUGCAGAAGAGCUCUUGAAAACUGGCUUGGUGUGAACGUGUCGGUAGAGUAGGAUCAGAAACCAGAAUUGUGCAGGUGUCAGAGGGAUAAAUCUGAGGUUAAACCCACCCUGACCCCCUCACUCUGAACGCCGGCCGCUUCGAGUCGGGCCACUCCGACUCUGACUCCAUUAAUUUUUGCUUGCUUUGAAACUACUCAUGUGAAAAAGACAGUCUGGGUCAAAGGGAGGAGGGGGCGGUUCUUGUUUUUACCCCUCACCCUCUUUCUGCAAACACAUUUGUAGACGUCGUCAAAUAUUCAGCACCUCAUUCACCCAAAUUCCACCGCCGCACAUCCCUGCCACUGUGGCUUAGCCUCAGGACCGGAUGGCUGCCAUCGUCUCCUGCCGAUUGGCGGGAGGAUCCUGAGAAAGCAGCUCUCUGGUUGGCUGACCCCUUCGGCUCCUACUAUAUUUGUGGGGAUUAUGCUCCAUCGAUUGGGCACGCUCCCAAAGCCUGGCUGCUGUUCUGAAGAGAGGAAGGGAAGAGGCAAGGGGGAGGGGCGUCUUCCUUCCUACUAUCUCGUUCUUUUUUUCUUUUUUUUUUUUUUUUUUGGUUUGUCAAAUUGUGCACAUUGGGUGCACAUGUGAAUGUCAGUGAACCCCCACCCCGCCGCAGACUUUUACCCAGGUUCAUCCCCUCCGACGAUCAUUGUGGAACAACUUUACAGUGUUUCCCACUUCUUCUGAGGAUUUUAUAUUUUUUCGGGAUUCAUAGAUGCUCUUUGAAGUGUUCCUGCAUCAAUCUGCAGCCUCGCGUCCUUUAGGAGUCUUCUGGCAUUGUUUAAGAGGAUCAGAGGAAGCUGCAGCAGCUUCCUUUGAAUCCAGAAUGAUGGCGUGCCACGUUUGAGGGGAUGCCAUAGCUGCAGCCGCAACGAUUCACAUCAGUUAUAUAACAUUAAUUACACAAGUGUAAGCAUUGCUAACCUGUAGAAUGGAGAUGAUGGCAUCUUGCUGGAGAGGGCAGGAGGAGCAAGCCGCCAAGAUCAAGGCAGAGAAGAUCCGUGUCGCUCUGGAGAAAAUCAAGGAGGCGCAGGUCAAAAAGCUGGUGAUUCGGGUCCAUAUGUCGGACGAGAGCUCCAAGACCAUGAUGGUGGAUGAGCGGCAGUCGGUCAGACAGGUGCUGGACAGCCUGCUGGAUAAGUCUCACUGUGGCUACAGUCCAGACUGGUCUCUGGUGGAAACCAUUACGGAGCUGCAGAUGGAGCGUAUAUUUGAGGACCAUGAGAACUUGGUGGAGAACCUGUUAAACUGGACCCGGGACAGCCACAACAAGCUCAUGUUCAUCGAGCGCAUCGAGAAGUAUGCUCUCUUCAAGAACCCCCAGAACUAUUUGUUGGGGCGGAAGGAGACGUCAGAGAUGGCUGACCGGAAUAAAGAAGCUCUACUAGAGGAAUGCUUCUGCGGUGGAUCGGUGUCGGUGCCGGAGAUUGAGGGGAUUUUGUGGCUCAAAGAGGAUGGAAAGAAGUCGUGGAAAAAGCGUUACUUCCUCCUUAGGGCUUCAGGGAUCUAUUAUGUCCCAAAAGGCAAAGCAAAGGCGUCCAGAGAUCUUGUGUGCUUCCUGCAGUUGGAUCAUGUUAAUGUGUAUUAUGGACAGGACUACCGCAGCAAAUACAAGGCUCCUACUGACUACUGCCUGGCCCUGAAACAUCCCCAAAUCCAGAAGAAGUCACAGUACAUCAAAUACCUUUGCUGUGACGAUGUUAGGACCCUGCACCAGUGGGUGAAUGGCAUCCGCAUCGCCAAGUAUGGCAAGCAGUUAUAUGUGAACUACCAGGAAGCAAUGAAGAGGACAGAGGCAGCCUAUGAUUGGUCAUCUCUCUCUACCUCCAGCAUUCGGUCAGGCUCCAGUUCUGCCAGUAUACCUGAAUCCCAGUCCAAUCAUUCAGGUCAUUCAGACAGUGGAGUAGACACAGCCUCCUCUCAUGGCCGGUCUCAGAGUGUGGUGAGCUCCAUUUUCUCUGAAGCCUGGAAGAGAGGAACUCAGAUGGAGGAGAAUUCUAAAAUCAGGAUGGAGGCGUCGCGUGGAUCAACGCAUUCCUCCCACAGCCACCGGCAUCACAGCCAGCAUUCAGUGGACCACCCCAUCCUUACUCCCCCUCCACAGCUGCAGCAGCAGCACCCAUCUCAGCCAUCUUUAACACAAGAACCGACAGUGACCCAACCACUUCAGCCUCCGUCACCUCCCCAGAUGCUACCACCACCACCCCCAGAGAUGGUACAACCUCCACAACCGCCACCCAAGUCUCCAGAGCCGCAGCCCAGCAUUAGUUCCGAUCAGCAGGAACCAGCUGCUGCUCCCAGUCCACCUCCACCCCCUCCUCCACCAUCCCCGCCGCCACCUCCUCCACUGCCUCCACUGCAAAUGGUGUCACACCACUCGCCGGCCCCCACCAUGUACAAGUACAGCACCAUCACCCGGCUGCAGAACCAGAAGACUUCUCACAAGCUACCGGCGACGGCGAAGCAGGUCUUGCCUCCACCUCCGACACCACCUGCGCAGGUCAUCAAGCCCAACGUAAAUCACAUUGCUGCAAGGACCAACGUCCCACCUCCUCCUCCGCCUCCUCCUCCACCUCCGCCAUCAAUGCCAACCCCAGGGUCCGCAAUGGCGGUUUUGCGAUGUGGCCCUUCCAGUCCGGCUGCUCCUCCUUCCUUCAUCCCACCGCCUCCUGCGCUGCACACCAGCAACAUGAUGUUUCCUCCUCCUCCGCCUCUGCCUCCACCUGUUGCACCAACCCCCAUGAUACAAACUGUUCACGCCAACGGGCUGAAGCAGGCGCUAAAGGAGAGGUUUCCCAGUCCGCCACGAGAACUGCUGUCUCACAACGGCGAUCUUGAGGACUCCCCACUGCCUGCUCCAGCACCACCACCUCCGCCACCUCCACCGCCGCCCCCACCUCCUCCUCCGCCACCCCAGCAGUGCUCCAUACCAGCACAGUUUCCGCCUCCUCCCGGACCCCCCCGAGCCCCACCCAAAACCUUUACUCCUGGUUUUAUGCCUCACACUGCACCCAAGCCCAUGUCCCCAGUAUCACCAUUCCCUCCUGCUCCAACUCCACCACCGCCACCCCCACCUCCACCUCCCCCUCCUGCACCUUUUCAGCUAAAGAAACAGCUCAGCCUCCAGCAGGGUCACACCCAUCCUCCGCCUACCCUCCCCAAGCAACACAGCCUGACUAAAACAGUGAGCGUCUCCACGGGAGCUGUACCUACCAUGUCUUUGGUGAAGCAGUUGGCAAGUCAGUUUCCAGGAGCUUCAUCCCAAGUCAACCAUGCAGAGUACCCUAAAGCACCACUCUCCCCUCCUGCUGUGAAAACGAAACCAAAAUGGCAGCCUGGCGGUAACCAACAGCUGCCAUCUCCAGAGUUCCCCCCUCCUCCAGCAGAGAGCAACAACAGUUUCCCUGCACCACCUCCACCACCCCCACCGCCACCUCCUCCUCCAGCACCCAUCACUGGCCCAACCCCACCGCCCCCCCCACUUCCCUCUGGAAGCAUGGGCUCUCCACUGAGGAGAUCACCCUCUGGCUCCUCCAGUUUCGGUGGUAAGAAGCCCCCUCCAGCCCCUCAGAGGAACUCCAGCAUUAAAGCCAACUCAUCAGCCUCUUACGAGGAAUCCAGGAGGAAUUUGCUCAGCAAGUUUGCUCCCCAGGGCAAUAGCACCCCUUCUUCCACAUGUCCCGUCUCUUCCUCCAUUGGAUCUCCUUCAAAGGACCCUUCAAAUGGGCCUCCUGCACCUCCUAAACCAGGAAAGCUCAACCUGUCUAACCUACCUUUGGCGCUUCAAGCUAAAGUAAGCCAGGCCAAACAGGCAGGUGGUGACUUUCCAUCUCCUCCACCUGAGUCCACCUACUUUCCACCUCCUCCCCCUGUCUCUGAGCUUUUCCCUCCUCCACCGCCUCCAGGCAAUGAUGUCCCAAGGGUAGCCGUGGUAAACCCUCAACCCCAAGCUCCCCCUCCUCCGCCGCCAGUCUCCCUUGUUAGCAACUCAAUAUGGGCAAAAAACUCCCUAAAAAAGACUCCUCCACCCACCCUAGGGCGGCGAAGCAACACUACCCCGGAACCGCCUGGCAUAUCUCCACCUCCACCCACAUCUCCAAAGGGUAGCUCAGGUCAGCCCAACUUCCUGGCGGAUCUCAGCCAGACUUUGAAACGCAAGUCAGUGGGUCGCCAGGGUCCAGGCUUCCCCGGCAAACUGGACCCAGUGGGGACCAUGGAUGACAUGGCGCUGCCUCCGCCGCCCCCGGAGCUGCUACUGGACCAGGGGAAGCAGAGCAAUGGAGGAAAUGACAGCUAUAUGUCCGGAAACAUCUCAGGCUAUGCAACACUGCGAAGAGGACCACCACCCGCACCUCCCAAACGUGGGGAUGCAACCAAACUUACCGGAUAACAUUGAACUCUGAGAUCAGGACAUAGCGCAGCUGGCUGAACAGACGUUAUUAGCUAAAUGGAUAUGAAAUCCUGAACUUCUUAAAUUCUCUUGUGAGAGACCUGAUGAAGCCAAUAGGACUUUGUCAGGCCCAUUACUGAUGAAUUGGUGAUCUUGUAUAUACAAAAAGCCAAAUCCGACCACCGAAUCCAAACAGUGCAUUUUGUAAAACAACACCAAGACUGUUAAGACUGGACCAGGUAGGUAUGAAGGAUCCAGGUCUGAGCCAAAUCAUGUUUGUUUUUCCUCUUUUUUUAUUCCUAUAAAGCUAUGCCACGUACUGGAUACAAAACGAGAAACGGAUCGGAACCACAUGUUUCAGCUUUGAUCACUACAUGAACCACAUGUGAUAACAGGCUGGAGUUGUCCUGGGUUGAGUGUCUGUCUCUGUGUGUGUAUGAAUGAGAGGGAAACAUGCAUUGUGGUUAGAAAGCUCCUCGGUGGCAGGGCCCCAGGGGUGGAUGAAAUUCGCCCGGAAAUUCCUUAAAGCUCUGGAUGUUGUAGGGUUGUGUUGGUUGACGCGACUCUGCAAUAUUGCAUGGAGAUCGGAGGCAGUACCCCUGGAUUGGCAGACUGGGGUGGUGGUCCCACUGUUCAAAAGGGUGUGUUCCAAUAAUAAGGGGGUCACACUCUUAAGCCUCCCUGGCAAGGUCUUUUCAGGGGUCCUGGAGAGGAGGGUCCGUUGGAUAGUUGAACCUCAGAUUCAGGAAGAGCUGUGUGGUUUUUGUCCUGGUCGUGGAACACUGGACCAGCUCUACACCCUCAGCAGGGCCCUGGAGGGUGUAUGGGAGUUCUCCGGUCUACAUGUGUUUUGUUCGAACGUGUCCCUUGGGGAGUCCUGUGGGGAGUUCUCCGGGAAUAUGUGGUACCGGGCCCUUUAAUAUGGGCUGCCAGGUCCCUGUAUGUCUGUGUAUCUGGGCUCUCCCUUAGGGAUAGUGUGAGAAGUUCGUUAUCCGGGAGGGACUCAGAGCAGAGCCGCUGCUCCUUCGCUUCGAGAAGAGCCAGUAGAGGUUGGUCGGGCAUCUGGUCAGGAUGCCUCCUGAACGCCUCCCUGGUGAGGAGUUCCGGGCACAUUCCACCGGGAGGAAGUCCCGGGGAAGACCCAGGACAUGUUGGAGGGACUAUGUUUCUCGGCUGGCCUGGCAACGCCUUGGGAUUCCCCUGGAAGAGCUGGAACAAGUGGCUGGGGAAAGGGAAGUGUGGGCCUCCCUUCUGAAGCUGCGAGCCCCGCAACCCUACUCUGGAUAAAGCAGAAGAAAAGGGAUGGAUGGAUGCAUGCAUGAUUACAUAUAUUGGUGAAGUAGUUGAUAAUUAAGGAAUGCUGCCAUGUUUUCUUUUGUAUGAAAUAAUUUAAAGUCUGAUGAAUUUCACAUUUUUUUGUUUUUGGUUUUUUAAUUCUGGCCGUCAAAUUUUGUCUAAACCGGAUAAAGGUUUGGUCACAAUGGCAAGUAGGAUUGAGGCAAACAUACAUAAGAACAAAGGGAUACUGCUACACUAAUGAAUCUAAAAAAAUUCAGUUUCUCUGAAAAUGAAAAUGUUGCAUAAGACAAAUAUGAGAAGGGUUUUAAUACAGAAAUAUUAUGCUACAUGCAGAGCAUCUCCACACAGGUAAUCCACAAAUCUAAAAUCAGCAGAUUAAGGUACUUCAAGUGUCUCUAAAUUGGUUGUAAUUUCAAUUAGGCACCACAUGAACCUACUUGAUAUAAAACCCAAUGGAGGUUCUGUGGAGUUCUAUCAAAAGCAAGAUGAGACAACAAAGACAACAAUGCAGAUGAGUUGGUGAUCAUUGUCAAAACAAUCUUAACUUCCUUAACACAGAUUGAAGCCUUACUUAGCAGUAUGCUCACAUUUCUGAAUUAAAAAUUCUUUUUAUUGCUUUUAUGUAACAUUAUGAAACCUAAAUUUUGGGUUUUAAGCCAUAAGCAAAAUGAACAUAAGUAGAUUUUGUAUGUUUGUGUAAUUUCACUUUCUGAACUUACUGAAGUAGGGUUUUGGAUGUUAUUCUAAUGCACUGAGAUGCACCUGUAGUAUCUAUCUGCAGAACUUUCUCAAAAUUCAUCAAUUUUUACAAAAAUGCAAAUGUAAAGGAAGCCUCGUCACGAACACCUUGGGAAAUAAAACUUUUUAUUAUUAUUUAAUGCAAAAUUAGGAGGAACUGUGUUUAAAUGGAGGUGGAGGCCUGUGUUUGUUUAUUUCUUUGAGUUCUUUGUGUGUUGGCUUGAUUUUUGGACCUCAUCCCACAUCACUACUGGUUCCCAGCGCCUUUUGAAAUCAGGAAUACAAACUGGAAUCUCAUCUUAGUACACACUGAAGGAGACGUAUUCGCCUGGUUAAUGUACAGAGCAUUACACCAUGUAUUUAAUAACCCACCAUCAGACUUUGCAUUAGACCGAAUGUGCUUUGAAUCCCGUCUUGUUUGUUCAUGGUGCCAUUGCUGCUUAAGCCGACAGCGCACAAGGACAGCAGUGCCUAGAAAGCGGAGCAUGAAGGGGUUUCCCUGCCUUGCAGCAGUACUUUUAUUUUCCGGGUUCUUGUGCAGUCCAUGAAGUAUCCCAUUCCCCACUUGUCCUUUUGUGCCAUGAUGACAUAUCAGUAAUAUUUCCACAUAAUUUAACUGGUGUUGAAAGCAGAGGGAGGUCCCUGCUGGUUGCCUCGCUGAAGGACUUCUUCAACAUGCUUCUCAUUUGUCUGAGUGGGCAUAUCUUAAACCACCUUGACGGGACGUUUGCUAGAGUGCAGUUUGUAAGCUAUUUAUGUGGUAAAGUGUGAAGUAAAUGCAAAGAAGGUUGAAGUUAAUGUUUCCUCUUGCAUAUAAACUGAAAAUCCCAAUAUACAUGUUCAAACCAGAUCUCAA